AUGACUACAGACAGCAAGUUGGAGGAGAGAGGACCGGGCAGCGACCCAGAACCAGGCGCCGACCACGGCGCCGGUCCCGAUGUGCGCGCCGGCCGGUGGGCUGGCCUCAAGAACAUCCUCCACAAGGCCGUCAAGUUUGGGCGGGUCGAGGUCCGCGGCAUCACUCCGAUUCCUGUCAAGGAGCGGACCGUCGAGAAGACGGUCAACGUCUUUACUCUGUGGUGGUCCAUGAAUACGAAUAUCCUGGGCAUCACCUUCGGCAUGCUUGCCCCGGCGUACGGGCUCAACCUCAGGAAUAGCGCCCUGGUCAUCCUGUUCUUCACCUUGUUGACCACUCUUCUCCCGGCCUAUCUGUCCACCUUGGGUCCCAAGAUUGGCAUGCGCCAGAUGCUGCAGGCGCGGUACAGCUUUGGCCGCUAUCUUGUGUCAGUUCCGGUGCUGCUCAACCUCGCCACCCUGACCGGCUUCUGUGUCAUCAUGGCCGUCGUCGGCGGGCAGUGUCUCUCGUCCGUGGCCGACGGGAACCUCAGCGUGACGGUGGGCAUCGUCAUCACGGCCAUCCUGACGCUGGGCAUCUCCUUCUGCGGGUUCACCGUCCUGCACAACUACGAGCGCUACGCCUGGAUCCCCGCCAUCAUCUCCAUCGUCGUCGCCGUGGGCACCGGCGGCAAGGAGCUCCGGAACCAGGUCACCUACGACGCGCCCCCCUCGGCCGCGUCGGUGCUGUCGUUCGGCAUGAUCGUGGCCUCGUACAUGGUCCCCUGGGCCUGCCUGUCUUCGGACUUCACGACCUACCUCAAGCCGGACACCUCUUCCACCAAGAUAUUCACCUACUCCUACCUCGGCCUCGCGGUGCCGACGAUCCUCCUCAUGACGCUGGGGUCGGCGAUCGGCAACGCCAUUCCCAACGUGCCGCGCUGGCAGGCAGCGUACGACCAGACGCUGGUGGGCGGGGUGCUGGCGGCCAUGCUGGCGCCGGCGGGGGGGUUCGGCAAGUUCCUCGUCGUGCUGCUCUCCUUCUCGCUGCUGGGCAACCUGGCGGCGACAUCGUACAGCGUGACGCUCAACCUGCAGCUGCUGCUGCCGGCGCUGGUCCGGGUGCCGCGCUACGUCUUCUCGGUCGUCUUCGCGGCCGUCGUCAUCCCGGUGGCCAUCCGCGCGGCCGGCGACUUCUUCGUCAACCUCGAGAACUUUGUCGCCCUCAUCGGCUACUGGAGCUCCGCCUUCCUGGCCAUCGUGCUGGUCGAGCACUUUGCCUUCCGCGGCGGCGACUGUGCCGCCUACGACGCCGACGCCUGGAACGACGCGAGGCGGCUGCCCUGGGGCGCGGCGGCGCUCGCGGCCGGCGCGCUGAGCUUCGGCCUCGUCGUGCCGAGCAUGGCGCAGGUCUGGUGGACGGGGCCGAUUGCCGAGACGACGGGCGACAUUGGCUUCGAGCUGGCGUUUUUCGUCUCGGCCCUGCUGUAUUUGCCCCUGAGGUGGCUCGAGAAGCGCUGGACGGGGAGGUAA